UUUAAAAGCGUGCUGUCCUCUCUGUGUCUUCAACACAACUCAGGAAACAACAGGGACAUGCUUUCCGGCAGCGGGACACCAGGUUUCCUCCUCUGACUCAGAAGAACUUUAUUUAACUCCGCUAAAGACUGAGAGUGACUGAACUAAGACAGACAGAAAAUAAAACAGACAAACAAAGAGGCACAAGUUAUCAAAAGCAGCUCGGAGGUCGUGCAGGUGGCGGUUGUGGGCUGUUAAAACACAGAAGGACACGUCUCUGUCUCACCUGGGUCCGACCAGAAAGUCGAAAAAUGUCCGUGGACAGUUAUUCAGCGCUGGACGAGUCUUCUCUUCGAGCCUUGCUGGAUGGAACCAUAGAUCUGGACGAGAGACGCCUCAUCCGUUCAGCCAUCCGGGACUUGAGGAGGAGGGAGAUCGAGGACAUGGAAGCUGCUCUGGCGAGCAAGAGAUUUCGACCCACACGCCUCAAACAGCAGGAGGAUAAGGAGAACCAGCACAGGUCCGAAUGUAGCGAAAACUUGGACACACUGUCACGAAAGCUCAAAACAGUCCAGGACAUUGACGAGCUCACAAAAAUGCUUCGUGCCACCAGUGAAUAUGAGGAGAGGAAGUUGAUUAGAGCUGCCAUUCGACAAAUCCGAGAUGAGCAGCAGCAAGUGUCUGUGGAGAAGGUUAAAGCCCCUGGAUGCUGCCGGGAUCGCGAGAGUGUGGAGCCCCAGUGCAGCACGGGAACUGAAGAGACGGAGAGUCACAGUGAGAGAGAGCGUAUCAGAUCUCGGAUCCGGGAGCAGACACAACAAAGCAGAGAGUUGCAGAAGAAAGGCUCCAACUCAGGUAUGGUGUUGGUUCUCGAUCACCUGGUGAAGGACGAUGGCCCUGGACCCAUGCUGAUCCAGCCUCAGCGAGAGGUUGUGACCACAGAGCCUGACCUGGUCCUGUCUCACCGUCAACGGUCAGACUCCUCAGCUUCAGACCGCAGCAUGACUUCAGUGCUCCCCAAGUCCAGUCUGGAUUCGGUGGCCUCAGAAAAGAGCGUGGGCUCAGCCUACAGAGCCCGGCUAGACUCCGGAGCCUCAGACAGGAGCCUGAGUUCCUCACAGCGUGUUCGGCAUGACUCUGGGGCAUCGGAGAGAAGUACCGGCUCCCAGUCCUACAUCAGACAGAGACUGGGCUCAGAUGCCUCCGAUUCCGGUUCCCGACCCCGUUUGGGCUCCGGGGCUUCCGAUUGUGUCGGCCUUUUUUCAAGAGAACGAAGUGACUCCAGGGCCUCUGACCAGAGCAUGAGUGUGUCCUCUGAGGAGAGGGGUCCAGGAGAGGAGGUGGAGACCACCAUGAGUGGUUCCCCUUGCAGCACAGAUUCAGAAACUGAGAGCAGGAGCCAGGGUCCAGCCAGUCUCCUGGCUCAGUCCAGUCAGGAUUGCAUUGCUGAUUUGGAGCAGCCUGAUGGGGCCAUUCUAUCUCGUAGCUGUCCUUCAAAUGGCCAUUUGAGUGACGGCACAAAUGGAAAGCAUGACUCCCAGAACCAAAAGAUAACAGUUAACAGAGAUCUUCCACUCUCUCAUGACAAAGAAAACAACUCUGCACCAGAGAAGAAAGAUGCUGUAUUGCAGCGAUUCAAUGGCACCAACUCUGUACGCGAUCGGAUGCGCAAGUUCACAGAGUCCAGUCAGAGCGCAAAUGUCCCACCUUUGAAGAAGACCCAGCUGAGGAAUGGAACAACCUCUGGCAAAAGUGGCCACACAAGUAUCUCUGCAGCUGAGAGGUUUACACACUCAGCAGCAUCCCUCAAUACUCCUGGGGACUCAACAUCUCACACAUCUGCCGCAUCGCAGAGUCAGGCCACACCUCAGCCAAGAGGAGGGGCCAGUACACUACUGUCUUCAGCUGGCCAAUCGCAGAAUUCGGUGGGUGGGACGAGGCAUCCAGCUGAAAAAGAUGUGCAUGCCCACGGUAACUCAAAGGAGGAUAAGACCCCAGGGAGAGCAGCUGGACAGCAGGUCACCCAGGGAGAGGCAGACCCGGACAUGAAGACUUUCCUCACCAUUGAGAUCAAGGAUGGGCGCACAACCACCUCCUCUUCAUCCUCGUCAAGGGGCAACAUCGUCCCCAUCACCAGCAUGACCCCACGCAUGACCCCAAAUGCUCUGGGGCAGCGAGCAGAGUUAACCCUCGGCCUAAGAGCAACGCCCUUCAAGAUCCCGUCGUCCAGCUUCUCCUCUGGAUCCUCCAUCAAGAUUGAGACGGAGCCUGUCACGGCGUCUGAGCCGGUGUUUUCAUCUGGAUCGUCCGUUCAGGUGACUUCUCAAGUCCCAACCUUUCACAAUGGCUCCAGCACUCCGGCCAAACUGGAGGAGCGCUCCGGAAAACUGACUGCCGAGCAGCUGGCUGCCAUCGAGGAUGAAGAGCUCCUUGACAAAAUGCUCGAUGAGUGCAAGGACUUUGAGGAGAGGAAGUUGAUCCGUGCAGCCAUGAGAGACCUCCGCAAGAGAAAGAGAGAGGCCAAGCUUGGAUGUACUCAAGAGGAAAUAGAUCAGAGAGAAAAGGAGCGCGAGACACGUCUGCAGGAGCUGCGGCAGCAGAGAGAGGACCGUUCACAGAAAACUCGCACAGGGGUUGGAGCAGGAGAGGUGGUGAUGAGGAAGGUAGAGAAGUCGGCAGACGGUUCCACCCUCAGUCAAGUCACAAAGACAGACCGCUUUGCCCAAUCUGGUGAUGGGAACAGAUCAACACGGAGCACUGUUGUCGAGGCCAGUUAUGUUCAGAAAACAGACAGAGGAACAGUCCAGUCAAAGUCCUACAGCUUCACAUCUUCCUCUUCUUCCUCUAACACGAGUAAAAAAGUGGGCAGUGUCUUUGACCGCGAGGAUGAAACGCCGACUCGCAGUGGCAACGGUGGGUUUGCCGCCUUGGAACGAAGACAGGCGGAGAGACGCAAGGAGCUGAUGAGAGCUCAGACGAUGCCGAAGACUUCUGCCAUGCAGGCCCGCAAGGCCAUGAUAGAGAAGCUGGAGAAGGAAGGAGGCGGUCUGGGCAAUCAGGCUGUGGCCAAGGUAAACAAAGUGCAGCGUUCCACCAGCUUUGGUGUACCCAACGCCAACUCCAUCAAACAGAUGCUGCUUGACUGGUGUCGUGCCAAGACCCGCUCAUAUGAGCAUGUAGACAUUCAAAACUUCUCAUCCAGCUGGAGUAAUGGCAUGGCGUUCUGUGCCCUGGUGCACAAUUUCUUCCCAGAAGCUUUUGACUACGACUCCCUGAGUCCCAGCAACCGCAGGCACAACUUUGAGGUGGCCUUCAGCACUGCAGAGACGUGCGUCAACUGCAUGCCCUUGCUGGAAGUGGAGGACAUGAUGAUCAUGGGUAACAAGCCCGACUCCAAAUGCGUCUUCACCUACGUACAGUCUCUGGUUAACCACCUGCGCCGACACGAGAUGUCCAUGGGUCGACCCUAUGACCUCUGACCUGUGCUCAGUGAGCACUCGGCCUCGACGAUGUGGUUUCUCUCCCGACCGCACAGAGUCGUAUGUCUCCAAUGGACAAGUUGGAGAUGAUGUGUGUGUAUAUACGUGUGUGUGUGUGUGUUUGUGUGUCAGAUUAUCUAUGUUGUCACUUCUCUUCCGGACACAGAUUAUCGUCAUAGAAUCCACCUGGCUCUUGUCAGAGAGGUCGAAGAUAUUCUACCUUUUUUUUUAAAAAGCUUUAAAAUUUAAAACAAACUCUAAAAGCAUUGCUUCAGGUAAUAUUUAAACAUUAACGCUACUUAAAAAACACCUCAGAAAAGAUAUUUAAUAAUUUAUAUUAUGUAUUAUAUAUAUAUAUACAUAUACAUAUAUAUAUAUAUAAUAUGUAAUAUCUGUAUUUUUAACAUUGACCCUUUUUUAAAUUAUUUUUUCCUGCUACACUUUUGUAAUUAUUUUAAUUAUUUUAAGUAUUUUGCAAAAAGCUAGUCUGCCGAGGAUAUGAUGUGUUAUUUGAUUUUCAUUUUGGUACUUUUUCAUUUUGACCAAACUCUCUAUAUAUUCAGUUAUAUUACUAUUUAAUGCAUGUGCACAGGGAUGUUUUCUCUUCACAACGUUGCGCUGUUGUUUUGCCGGCGCUGAGUAAUCGUAACAUUCUCCCUUAGUGCUACUGACACAGUUGAGUUUUUUUUUGAUCAUCUUAAGAUGAUUCUAAAGGUAGAAACACAUGCAGUUUUCUUUUUUGAGGUGUGGUUUGCAGAGUGAGUUGUAUCGUUACUUUGAUCAAUCACCGCUUGACUGUACGAAAAAAAAAAAAACACAGCUCCUUAUUUAUGCUUGGAUGGAUUUUUAUUUUAAUGUUUUAUUUUUUUUGUUAGUGUGUACAUUAUCCUUAAACAUUUUUGUUUUAAAUAAGUCAAUAAGCUUCAGCCAUGACGAUGUUUUGUGUCAGUUCACAGGCCUGAUGAAAGCCGGCUUUCAGUUUUAACACAAGUAAACCAUCACUGAACUCGACUGUACAUGAAGCCAAGGAAAAGUUCUGAAUUAAGAUUUUUUAUUAUUAUUAUUGUGCUUGUAAAAUUUUAAAGGUUCCUUUUUGAAAAAAUGUCUAGGAAUUUUUAGUAGAAAUGGAGAAUUUCUGAGAAUACUUUUCCUGUUUUUUUCCACUGCUUUCAACUGAAAAACAAAACUCUCCCGUCGAGUAAAGCAGAGAGUGCUGUAUACAAGAGCUCAGACACGUUAGAACUUUCAUGUUUCUCUGCACCACAGUUAAAUGUGAAUUAACGAUUAAACCAAUUUGAGGAA